AUGAUACGCGCCCGAGCCAGCCCUGGAGGCGCCGUGCGCGCUCCCGGCCUCGGGCCCGUGCCGCCCGGAACCGUUUGGGCCGUGUCCGGAACCGUCCGGACCGCGCCCGGAAAGCGCCGAGCCCACGGCAUCCGAGGAGCCACCGCGCCCGCACCAAACCGGACAUUCGACGCAGUGAGAUGCUUUGACGUGGCUAUCACAACAGACGGAAUCCAUUCCGCGCAUUCCGCAAACUUCGAAAGUAAAAGUCGAGCGGCGGGCGUGCACGACGCCGCGGCCGCGUCUAGUAGGCCGUCGAAUGUAACGUGCGACGGGCGGGGGGACAAAAGAAAAACGAAUGUUUUGGAAGUUAUGACGUGCGGU